GUCUCGAGGACGAGAUAAAUUCAUAGGCAAAAUUCAAACAUUGCCCUGAAUGCACGAAAAAUUGUGUAUUAAAUUUCUAGACUUUCCCGAAGUUAUGUUAGAAAAACGAUUAUGUUUUGCCAUGUGCAACAAAUAUAUACUUCUUAAAAUCCAAUGACGGAGCAAUGGAGUAUAGUGCUAUUCAGAAGCAUAUUACCAGGCGAUAAGCUUCUGUGCUAUUUUAUGAGUAGUGUUUUGGUGCUGAACUGUAGUAGAUAUAUUCGGGUAUAUAACCGUGUUAAACAAUUAAAACUUUUAUUAAAUUAAAAUCCUACUCUUGCUUUUCACCUUCUCGAACGCUUACUGACUGAUAGUCAGUGAUCUUUUUAAAAGUAUAGACGCAAAGAUAAGGCUAUCGCACGAGGAUCUCGAAAAUUUCGCUGUUGGUUCUCGAUAACUAUAACCAACAAAUUACAUCUAAACAGAACUCCUCCAAAAAGAAAAUCGCGAAAAUCUUUUAAAACGACUUUGAAUUUGUAUCGAACUGUGAAAUCAAAAACUACAAAGUUUGGCAUGGACUCCAUGAAUAGAAUCUGCUUUAUGUUGCUGUCAGUCAGAGCAUUUACCAAGGUUACAAGUGGACUGCCUUCAGAGAUAACUCAGUGGGCUUUCAAGAAUUUCGUAAAGGAUUAAAGAUUACAAAAUAGAAAUCGUUUCUACAUUUUAGGUUUGAGUUAUUGUACAUAGUUACCGUGAUUUUCAUGAUCGUUUCUGUUAAACGAAAUUCAGGUUCUCAUGUACUUUUACAUAGCGAAAGUCCACACUUGACAGUUAAACCUUCUGUUGCUGUAAGAAAUAAAUUGAUGUUUGUCCUGGUAUUGAUCAUCAAUUGCCAUUCACGCGGCUACUCCUCGUUAUGACGUAAUUCAUGGUUACUAUGGCAACAACUGAUUGAGGUCAGCUCGUUAAACUGUUCUUGAGGUGGGUUUCAUUAAGCCUGUGCAGUAGAGAGUUUUUAAUUAACGCUAGUGAGAAGUCUAAUCAAACUUAGACUGAGCAGCACAUCACAAUAAACGAGGAAGAUUCAUGAAACAUGGUUCUGAUGUCUCCAUCUAACGGAACUGACAAAGCUUGUAAAAGCUUUUUUUUAAAAGAUGUUCCAGAAGGAUUUUUUCCAGCCAAUUUCUAUGGAUUUCUUAUUGCAGCAGCGGUCCUCGAAUUUGUCGCUUGUCCCUUCAACAUUCUGUUGAACACGUUGGUUAUUGCUGUCGUGAAAACCAAACGACGACUUCAAACGCACCCAAACAUUCUGUUGGCUUGUUUGGCUCUUACGGAUCUUAUGGUUGGUCUUAUUGUACAACUCCUUCACAUAACCAUGAUUGUUUUCCAGCUGCAGGGCAAAAGCUAUGAAGACUUCUGUGAACUAAUUUUGGCCUUCAUCAUUUCCUUGACCGUUUGCUGUGCUGCUUCGCUGUAUCAAUUGACUGUAGUCAGUGCUGAGCGAUAUUUGGCAAUUAAACAUGCCUUCACUCAUAGUACAGUUGUUACUAAAACCCGUCGACUGGUUUUUUCUGCUCUGGCUUGGAUCGUAGCAGUUCUUCUAGCCAGUUUCCAGGAACUUUCUCCUAUUUUCAUCUCUCUGUUUCAUGCCCUUCCGCCAGCAAGUAUCUUAAUGAUCUUUUGGUUCCAAGUUGUUGUUUAUGUGGAAGCCCGUCGACAUGAAAAAACGAUUCUUUCUCAGCAAGUUUCCAUUGAGGCCAGGCGAAAGUUUAUGAAGGAAAAAAAAGCCUUGAAAUUAACUACAAUAAUAUUAGUAGCACUUUUUCUGUCUUUUUGCCCUUCCUUAAUCGCUAGUAAAGUUGUUUUACAGUAUUUCAUUGAAGAACCCCGAUUGAUAUUGAAUUUUUUGUUCGUUCCCUUGUAACUUUGCCAGUCAUGUUUAAUUCAGUUGUUAAUCCAAUGAUUUAUGCAGUAAGAAAAAGGCAGUUUCGAGUUGCGUUUGUUGAAUUGUUCUUAAGAAAAAAGUUACCAAGAAGCUAAAGACAUUGAAAAGAGACUCGUUAGGUCAUCGGACAACACCAGGGAAGGGAGUCACGGAGCUGGGAUUGCCGAGGGAAGGACUGAAGAUGAAGUCCAGGUCAACCAAAAACAAGAACAGAACCGUACAGUCUUCGUUUCUAGCUCUGAUUGUGUUGAGAAGAAAACUGACAGGUCUUCGGUGUAGAACAGUUUCUUCUCGGAUGCAAUUAGCCCUUAAAACAGUAGAAAAGUAGCAUAUACUAUUAAAACAGGGGACAGAUGCCAGAAUAUUAAUGGCGUAGUACAAGUAUACGAGCCAAGUAAUAUCAUAUUUAUCUUCUGUUUGAUAUCGAUAAUCUUAAUCAAUAUUAAGCUAGAGCAGGCGGAAACAGAGACGUACAGCGCUAAAUCGACACUUUUUUCGGACACAAUUACUGUCAUAACUUGAACUGUAUUUCAAAACAGAAAUUGAAAAUAAAUAUUCACAAACUGAAUUUAAUCGGCUAAGUUGGCUUUAAUCUUGUCUUUAUUGACUGCUAUGAAUGAGUUUCGGCUUUUUUCUGUCAAUUGCGCGCAGAGUUGAGAGCAAAAGAAAUAAACAGGUGUUUUAUAGUGACAAAGAAAAAAGGUUAAUGAGCAGAAGUCAGAAACAAAUUUAACCGUAUUUUUUUGUGUUUAAAUCUUAAAUUUCAAGUUCACCUUUCCCUAAAUUGACCACAGCUACACUUAUGAUUAUGAAUUUUAGCUAAUAUGAAUGUUGUGAGCCCUCUCAUAUCAAUGAAUCGGCAAAGACAUAUUUUGGAAUACAUUUUUCAUCGUGCCAGUAUUCAUGAAAAAUGCAAUUUUUUGAAUGAGCCAAAUUUAAUUUAUAUAUUAUAUUCAAUCUCCGCUUUUUCAGUCUAAAUAUGAGCUACAACCCUUCAGUUUGUAAUGCAAUGAAGGAGAAUAGAGCGGUUUUCAAUCGAGUGUCGUAAAACCAAAACCAAAGUAAUCACUCUGGCCAAUCACAAAACACAUAGACAAUACAGUGAACCAAUCAAAACUCGAAGUAAUUACAUGUAGCUGAUGCAAAGCGCGGGGAAACGCGUGCGAGCGAGUGACAACUGGUAUUGGUUUUACUCCUGAUUAGAUGAAAAAGUAGCGCGAGUUUUUUAAACCAAUCGGGUGGCGUAGUAAGUGCAAAACCAAUUACGUUUCCUACUCAAAUGAAAACCGCUCUAUACAACAAAAUACCAAUGCUGUCUUAUAAUAUUUAACCUCGAUCGUUCAUUGUUUCAAAAGUUGUAAUUGUCAGAGCUUCACGUGGCAAACGAUGCAGGAAAGCUAUCCAAGCAUCGACAUGAUUGGAUAUAUCCCGAGCGUCAUUUUCUAAGGGCCGUUCAGAAUUUUCUCAUUUUCGGCUAGCUGCCAAUUAAAGGACGCAUCCCUCUAUCUUUUAAAAUUUUCUUCCCGUUAAAAUAUUGCAGCAGAACCUAGUAUAAUGCCUACAAACGCCAGACUAGUGAGCCCUUAACUUCAACGUAAAAUUCCUCAUUUGACUAAUACGCCGAUUCCAGAAAAAAAAAAACAAAACACGGAAGUUGGAUGCAAACGAGGCUUAAUAGCCCUCAAGCUAUCAAAAUGGCGGACGAAAUGUCGGGGUAGGAGGAAAACAUUCAAUGUAUGUAGGUUAGAGUUACUUGUCUGGAGCAAAUGUUAAAGAAAAGGAAACUUGGCUGGACACAAAUGAUGUGUCAGCUUUGUGGUUGCAUCCUACCUUGUAACUCACUGAUGGUGUCACAGUACCGAACCUUGCUUAUUCCAUUCUUGACAAGCACAUCGUGGUAUUGUUUGAGACUCUACCUAGCUUAGCAUCUUUUGAAAACAUUUCUCUUUAUUUUCUCACACCGAUUGUUAACUUCAUGAAGAGGGAUUGGAUGUUCUCUCACUUGAGAAGACUGAAGUCGUCAGUGAAACAUGAUUCAGCCGUAGGAAAUUUGUUUAAGUGCUUUGCUGCAAUAUUCCCGAUAUCCGGCAUAAUUUUUAAGUUUACUUCCGUAUGUUCUUUCGAGCUCUUAGCUUGCUUCAUCAGCUUUUCACUUCUGCUUUAGUAAAGCUAUUCUUCGGGUCAGGGUCGCAGAUUUUUAAACUUGUCAUUUCAUUUACAAUAGAUUCUUUUACCGAAACCAUGAGUAAAGAUCUUUUAGGCGAUAAAAAUAGUGAGAACAGGUUGGUUUUAUUGCGCAUAUCAGAGAGACAAAAAUCUCUUUCCAAAAGUUCCUUUAUUUUGCCCCUUUGAUUUAUACGGCGACUUUUUAAGCCAGAAUUUCAAUUGGCUUUGUGUCAGUUUCUCAAUCUGUUCUCCGCUCACACUGACGCCGGGAAUAUUCUCAGAAGAGAGAUUGACGUUCCUUCUUGGUUCGCCAUGUUGUUUUGAAUAUUUAGCGCGAGGGCUACUUUCCGUGUAACUUCCAUUUUUUUUCUGGAAUUACUCAUUACGUUGUUUCACAGGUGUUGAUUCAUUACCAAGAGGAGAGUCGUGCUCAGUUUCUUUCCAAUGAGACGCGUGUAGUCGUCAAAUUUUUACUUUAGUUUUCAGUAAAUAUUAUAAAUAUCGUUUUUCGAAACUAGAAAAACAUAGAAGUUAUUCAUAGUUCUCGAUAUCGUUACAAUAACGAUAAUGACAAUCGCAUUUCAUUUGUCUGUCCAAAAACCAGAAAAAUCGACGCCGUGUCGAGAGAGAUUUAUAACAUAGCUAAAAUUCAAACAUUGCCCUGAAAGCACGGAAAAUGUGUAUUAAACUUAUAGACCUCUUAGGCAAUUAUUUUAGAAAAAUGGUUGUUUUUUUCGUGUGCAGCGAGUAUAUACUUCUUAAGAUCCAAUCACGGAGUAAUAGAGCAUAGUACUACUUUAUAAGUGAUGUUUUGGUGCUUAACUGUAUUAGAUAUAUUCAUGUAUAUAUUUACUUGUAUAUUCAAAUUCACUUUACUUGUAACUGACGAUGACAGAAGUUACUGUCGAACAUGCAUUAAAACUGAAAGCGUUUUCAAUUUUUUAAAAUUCAUUAGUUGCCUGCUGCUACCAAGACCGUUUGGUAAAACCAUGUUAAACAAUUAAAAUGUUAUUAAAUUGAAACCCCAAUCUUGCUUUCCACAUUCUCGAAGGCUUAUUGGCUGAUGGUCUUUGGUCUUUAUAAGAGUAUAGACGCACAGAUGACGCUAUCGCACGCGGAUCUCGAAAGUUUCGCUGUUAGUUCUUGAUCACUGUAAGCGACAAAUUACAUCUAGACAGGACUCCUCUAAAAAGGAUGACACCAAAAUUAUUUAAGACGACUUUGAAUUGAAAUUUGUAUUGAACUGUAAAACCGAAAAGUGCAAAGUUUGAAAUGGACUCCAUAAAUAGAAUCUGUUUUAAUUUGGUGUCCGUCAAAGCAGUUACCAUGGUUACAAGUGGACUGCCUUCGAGGAUAAUUCAAAAUUUCAGAAAAGUUUUAAAGGUUACAAAAUACAAAUUGUGUGUGCAUUUUAGUUUUGGGUUAUUGUACGUCGUUUCAGGAUUGUUCCCGUUAAACGAAGUUCAGGUUCUCACGUAAUUUAUUACCUAACGAAAAAGCCUCUUGUUGUUGUAAGAAAGAAAACGAUAUUUGUACUGUUAUUGAUUAGUUACGCCUCGUCAUAACGUAAUUCAUAGUUACCAAGGCGCCAGAAAAGACUGACAGCGGCUUGUUAAACUGUUCGUGAGGUGGGCUUCAUUAAGCCUGUGCAGUUUUUAAUUAACGCCCAUGAGAAGUCGAAACAAACUUCGACUGAUCAAAGCAUCUGAAAAACGAGGCAAAAUUUGAGAAUGUCUCCAUCUAACGGAACGGACAAAGCUUGCAAAAGCUUUGUUUUACAAGAUGUAUCAGAAGGAUAUUUUCCAGCCAAUUUCUACGGAUUUCUUAUUACAGCAGCGGUCGUCGACUUUGUCGCUUGUCCCUUCAACAUUCUGUUAAACACGUUGGUUAUAGCCGCCGUGAAAACCAAACGACGACUUCAAACGCACCCAGACAUUCUGUUGGCUUGUUUGGCUCUUACGGAUCUCAUGGUUGGCCUUGUCGUACAACCCCUUCACAUAACCAUAACCAUUUACCUUCUACAUGGCAAGAGCUAUGGAGACUUUUGUGAACUUAAUUUGGCCUUCAUCAUUUCCUUAACCGUUUGCUGUGUUGCUUCGCUCUAUCAGCUGACUUUAGUCAGUGCUGAAAGGUAUUUGGCAAUUAAACAUGCCUUCACUCACAGUACAAUUGUCACCAAAAUCCGUCUACUGUUUUUUUCUGCAUUGGCAUGGAUCGCAGCAGUUCUUCCUCUCAGUUUCCAGGAACUUACUCCCGUUAUCAUCACUCUGACAUACGCCCUUGUGGUAACAAGUAUUUUACUGAUCUAUUGUUUCCAAGUUACUGUUUAUGUAGAAGCCCGCCGACAUGAAAAAGCAAUUCUUUCCCAGCAAGUUUCCAUUGAGGCCAGGGAAAAGUUCAUAAAGGAGAAAAAAGCCUUGAAAUUAACCACAAUAAUAUUAGUAGCAGUUUUGCUUUCGUAUUGCCCUUCUUUUAUCAGUAGAGUUGUUUUGCAGUUUCUCGUCAGUGAAGGGACCUUGACUGAUAUUAAAACUCUUGCUCGUUUUCUUAUAACUUUGCCGGUCAUGUUUAAUUCGUUUGUUAAUCCAACGAUUUAUGCAGUAAGAAAAAGGCAGUUUCGAAUUGCGUUUAUUGAAUUGCUUUUAAGAAAAAGUUACCAAGAUGCUAAAGACUUUGAAAAGAGAAUUUUUGGGUCAUCAAACAACACCACAACAAGGAGUGGAGAAAAUGCCGAGGGAAGGAUUGAAGAUGAAGUCCAGGUCAACUAAGAACAAUAACAGAACCUUGCAAUCUUUACAACCCUACAAUCUCAAUCGUUUUUAGCUCUGAUUGCAUCGAAAAGAAACCUGACACAUCUUUGGUGCAGAAAAAGAGUUUCUACUCGGAUGUAAUUAACACUUUGAGUGUAUAGGACAGGAAAUGUAAAGAGAAAAGAAGCACAUACUAUAUAGGGGACAGAUAGCCAGAAUAUUGAUGGCGUGGUACGAAAUAAAUUCAUUUUUUCCAUUUGUUGAUAUCGAUAAUUUUAAUCAGUAAUAAGUUUGAGCAAAGCUAGAAACAGAGGCGUAGAGCGCUAAAUCGACACUUUUUUUUUGGGACUAAAUUCCUGCUAUGAAUUGAACUUUAACGAAAAACAGAAAUUAAAAUUAAAUAUUUACAAAUUGAAUUUAAUCAGCUUAUUUGGCUUUCAUCUUGUCUUUAUUAGCUGUUAUGAAUGCGUUUCGGUUUUUUUUUGGUCGAUUGCGUGCAGAGUUGAGAGCAAAAGAAAUUAACAGGUGUUUUAUAAUGGCAAAACAGUUAAUAAGCCGAAGUCAGAAACAAAUUUAACGGUGUUCAUUAUAAAAUAUUUAAAUCUUAAAUUUCAUCUUUCCCCUAAAUUGGACACACCUACACUUAUGAUUAUGAAUUUUCACUAAGAUAAAUGUCGUGAGCCCUCAAAUGAUCAGUUAAUGAAUCGACUUAAAAU